AUGGCUCUUCCUUUUGCCCCCAGCCCCAAGAGCCCGCUAGCUCGACACCGACUCUUGUCACCCACAGCCGCCGUGCGGGUUAGCCCCUUGUGUCUCGGAGCAAUGAACUUUGGCGAUGCCUGGAAGCAGUUCAUGGGAGAAUGCGACCAGAUCUCAACUGAGUCCAUGCUUGACUUCUUUUACGAACAGGGAGGAAACUUCAUUGAUACGGCGAACAACUACCAGUUUGAAGACUCCGAGAGAUGGGUCGGAGAGUGGAUGAAGAAGCGUGGAGUUCGCGAUGAAAUAGUCCUGGCCACAAAGUACACCACCAACUUCCGCGGUGGACCCAAUGCUACGCACAUCAUGUCCAACUUCCAGGGAAACGGCACCAAGAGUCUAUUAACCUCCGUCAAUAAUAGUUUGAGGAACCUGCAGACGGAGUACAUUGAUUUGCUUUACGUCCACUGGUGGGACUACAGUACUUCAAUUCCAGAGCUAAUGCAGUCUCUCAAUCAGCUUGUCGCCUCAGGAAAGGUCUUGUAUCUGGGCAUCAGCGACACUCCUGCUUGGGUAGUGAGCAAGGCAAAUGAGUAUGCACGAAACCACGGCCUCCGCCAGUUCUCCGUCUACCAGGGCAAUUGGUCGGCUGCCUCGCGUGACUUUGAGCGAGAUAUCAUUCCCAUGUGCAGGGCCGAGGGCAUGGGUAUUGCUCCCUGGGGAGCUCUCGGAGGAGGUAAGUUCAAGACCGAGGUGCAGCGCAAGGCCAUGGAAGGGCGACAAGUAGAGGCUAGCGAGAUCGAGAUCAAGGCCAGCAAGGUUCUGGAGGCCAUCGCUACCCGCAAGGACACCAUCAUCACGAGUGUUGCGCUUGCGUAUGUCAUGCACAAGACGCCAUAUGUAUUCCCCAUCGUUGGGGGCCGAAAGUUGGACCACAUCAAGGGUAACAUCGAGGCGCUCACCCUUGAGUUGACCGAGGAGGAUAUCCAGGAGAUCGAUAACGCCGUGGAAUUCAGCUUGGGAUUCCCUCACAGCUUUCUCUACCGCCCAGGGCAGACGAGUGGGAACCAGGAUAUCUGGUUGCUAAAGAUGGGAGGUCACUUCGACUACGUCGCUGACAACAAGCCGAUCGCUGCAUCCAAGGGAGGGGAGUAG